AUGGGGUCCCUCCUCAGCAACUCCUUCGCCUUACUUGCUGCCCUCCUAUUGUGCUGUACCAUUGGGAUUGGCUACCACCUCUUACGGGCCAGAAGCCACGCCGAGCCAGGAGCCAGCACUGGUGCAGAGCCAGCGGGUCCCCGAGACGGCGACCUCUUAAAGGAGGGAAGAGUUAACACCAGCAGUUUUCACGGAAUGAAACUGCCGAGUUGCGGGCCAUAUCCGGUGGCAUGCACGCGCAUUGAAAAGACCGCUGAUCCCGCACUUGCGCAAUUGCCCGGAGGGAGAAACUUCCCCUCGCCCUACAACGGCAGCAGCAACGGCUGCAAUAGCGGCAGCAGCGACAACGGCAGCAACGACAGCGGCGGCAGCGACGGUAGCGGCAGUGACGGCAGCGGUAGCGGCGGCGGCAGAGGCAGCGGCGGCAGCAGCAGCGACAGCGGCAGAAGCAGUACCAACAGAAAAAAGCCGUCGGCAAAUGCAAAUUUCGAAAUUAAAUUUACAAAGGAACAUGUGACGCAGCAACAAGAUCUUAAACUUCGAAGACGGAAACUUAGUGGCCGAAUGCAAAGCUCGAAACCUCAACAUCGGGCACUGCAAGACGACGGUCGGCGCCACCUUCUGCAGGGAACUUCAAAAUGGCACCUGCGCCCAGCAGAUAGUUUCCGGGGCUGUUGCACACUGCUCCACACUCCCGGGUCACCUGGAUCCAGUGACGAUUGUUGAUCACGGCACUCUCAUUGUGAACGACGCCAAUGUAACCAUAA